GAGGCACUAUACUUUCUCGAAUUGCAGCGGUGUCAUCGAGAUGCUUCAUUCUACUGAAUUUGUCUGUACGCAACAUGACUGUGCCUUUUUGUAGCUCGUCGUUGCUCUAAUUUAUUCAUUGUGAAGAAGGAGGGGGGUGACAGUAUUCUACACAUGGGGAGGCCAGAAAGCACUCUGCAGUAGCAUGGGACUGGAGAAAGACGACUUUCACUUACCAGGUCCUCUCACUGGAUGGUGUUUGGUUCACAAUCUUGUAAGCAUAAGUAAUGCUCAGUAGACAUGGAGGGCCAGAAUAAAGAAGGCGUAAAUGGCGGUGUCGGAUGAAAGAAAUGCACCCCGUUCUCUAGCAAAGGUUCGGCGCGACAAGAAAUCGGGAAAUCGGAGUCCGUAGAAACUUCGUGGAUUGUUGCAGCUCGAAGUCCCAACAGACGACUUGACCAGAAGUUGUCCGCCCAUCCCCCUCUCGACCCUUUCCCUUCUCACAACCCUCCAGUCAUGCUGUCCAGAUUUGCGCCGAGGUCUUUCACCUCGUCGGUCAGACGUGCUGCCUUCCAGCCCAUUCGUGUCGCUCCUCAAGUGCUGAGAACCGUCACCACCGACGCCGCCAGCGCCCACGCCGACAAGGAGGAUGUCCCCAGCGAGGACGACAAGGCCUUCGAGGUCAAGCUCUCCGACGAGAGCUUCGAGACGUACGAGCUCGACCCUCCCUCGUUCACCCUCAAGACCACCAAGAAGGAGCUGAAGCAGAUGUACUACGACAUGGUCGCCAUGCGCCGCAUGGAGAUGGCCGCCGACAGACUCUAUAAGGAGAAGAAGAUUCGUGGUUUCUGCCAUCUGUCCACCGGUCAGGAGGCCGUCGCCGUCGGUAUCGAGCACGGUAUCACAAAGGAGGACUCUGUCAUCACCGCCUACCGUUGCCACGGUUUCGCCAUGAUGCGUGGUGCUUCGGUCAAGUCCAUCAUUGGUGAGCUGCUCGGCAGAAGAGAGGGUAUCGCCUACGGAAAGGGUGGUUCCAUGCACAUGUUCACCAAGGGCUUCUACGGCGGUAACGGUAUCGUCGGUGCUCAGGUUCCCGUCGGUGCCGGUCUUGCCUUUGCCGACCAGUACCAGAACAAGAAGAACGUCUCCAUCUCCCUCUACGGUGAUGGCGCUUCCAACCAGGGUCAGGUCUUUGAGGCUUACAACAUGGCCAAGCUGUGGAACCUUCCCGUCAUCUUUGCUUGUGAGAACAACAAGUACGGUAUGGGUACUGCUGCCAACCGCUCGUCUGCCAUCACCGAGUACUACAAGCGUGGUCAGUACAUCCCUGGUCUCAAGAUCAACGGCAUGGACGUCCUUGCCUGCAAGCAAGCCGUUGCUUUCGGUAAGCAGUGGGCCGCUGAGGGCAACGGUCCCCUCGUCUACGAGUUCGUCACCUACAGAUACGGAGGUCACUCCAUGUCCGACCCCGGUACCACCUACAGAACCCGCGAGGAGAUUCAGCGCAUGCGCAGCACCCAGGACCCCAUCGCCGGCCUCAAGCAAAAGAUCCUCGACUGGGAGGUCGCCACCGAGUCGGAGCUCAAGUCCAUCGACAAGCAAGCACGCGAGAGCGUCGACGCCGAAGUCAAGGAGGCCGAGGCCAUGCCCCCACCGGACGCCACCCCCAAGAUUCUGUUCGAGGACAUUUACGUCCGUGGCUCCGAGCCCGAGUUCCUUCGUGGCCGUAUCCCCGAGGAGAACUUCUACUACGAGCAGGAGAAGAGCUCAUAGAGAGUUUUCUCUGUUGGCUUAGACGGAAGGGAAGCAGGCUUGUAAUAUAAAGGAGUUUUGCUGGGUGAAGGAGGCCAAGAGAAGUGUUACGCGAGACGAGCAUGUGGAUUGGGCUUGGAAUAGAGCCCUGUCAUUCAUUUCUGUCUUUGUGAUAUACACUCUCUCGAUGCAUUGCAUUAUUUUUUUUCCAUUCAAAUCGCCAUCUCAAAUACCAUGAAUCAUUUUUUCUUGUUCACAAACAAUACCUUGCAUAGCCUAGCGACCUCACCUACACUAUUAUGGUCAAUCUCAGACCUGAAAAGGUAUACUCUUCCCGAAGUAAUUAUGAGUGAUCAAUGUAGAAGAUAUGCCAAAU